AAUAAAAACCCCUUUUAACCUCCGAAUGAUCUGACUGCAAAAUAACGAAAAGGAGCAUUUAUCAAAGCACGGGAGGAGGCUCGGAGGACCCAGAAACGGCAAUGAACCAGAAAGCGGCCGUGACGUCACAAAACAAAACAGUGACAAGUGACCAUGGAUGACAUUAUUGCAGAUGAUGAUUGGCAGAUGGUCCCUUAAACUACCAUAUCGCUGGCGCAGAUACCUGCUCUUGGUGUUACACAUCUUCGAUCCUUACCUUUGUAUUGUUUUUGGGUGGCUUCAUAAUCUUUCUAAGAUGAUAGCUUGUAUGACAUAUGAAGGUGCUCUUAGUGAGCCGGAGGAUUUCCCAAAGACCGAGGAGCCAGUCUGGUUGUUAGGCAAGGAGUACUCUACUCAGACAGAUCUGGCAGCUCUGCGGAGCGAUGUGCAGUCUCGGCUAUGGAUGACUUAUCGACGGAACUUUGCUCAAAUUGGAGAUUCAAACUUCACCUCUGACAAGGGUUGGGGCUGCAUGCUGCGCUGCGGACAGAUGGUGCUGGCGGAGGCCUUGAUCCGGAGGCAUUUAGGGAGAGACUGGACCUGGGAGUCAUCCACCAGUGAUGAGACCUACCUCAGGAUACUGAGUUUGUUUGAAGACCACAAGUGUGCCACCUUCUCUCUCCACAUCAUGUCACAGCUGGGGGUGGAUGAAGGCAAGCCGAUCGGGGAGUGGUAUGGCCCCAACACAGUUGCACAAGUCAUCCGAAAACUGGUAAUAUUUGAUGAAUGGAAUAACUUCAGUGUUAAUGUUGCCCUGGACAACAUUGUCAUCAUGGAUGAAAUCAAGUGCAGCUGUCAGGUUGAAGGUGAGAGAGGAUGGCGGCCACUGCUCCUUUUCAUUCCACUUCGACUAGGACUCUCUGAGAUGAAUCCUGUGUAUUACUCAGGCAUUAAGAAAUGCUUUAAGAUGCCCCAGUCUUUAGGUCUCAUAGGUGGAAAGCCCAAUCAUGCUUCCUACUUUGUGGGCUUUGUUGGUGAUGAGGUAGUGUACCUAGAUCCCCACACAACCCAAGAAGCUGGUAGUGUGGCCAAGAAGGCAACAGAAACAGAAGUGGAAACAGACAAGUCUUACCACUGCAUGUACGCACAGCGAAUGCCCUUUGAACAUCUAGAUCCAUCUUUGGCAUUGUGUUUCUACUGUGGCACAGAGAAAGAAUAUGAUGACUUGUGUAACCGAAUGCGCCAAGAACUUAUAGACGCUGAAAAGACGCCUCUAUUUGAACUUGUACCUACGCGACCGGACUACAUGAAGGAUGACAGUUCCUUAGAAGGAGCUUCAGGAAGAUGUAUGGAGCUAGAGGAUCACCAUUUAGAAUCAGAGGAUGAUGAAGAAUUUGAAGUCUUGCAGUAAGGAUCCAGACUGAGGGUCAAAUUCAGUCAAAUGAUCUCUGUAGUAUUUUCAGUGGUUAUCACUUUCUGUGAGGAUGUUUGAGAUUUAAAGGUUAUGUACAUUGCUCUUGAUUGAAAAAUGGUAUAAGUAGACAUGUGGCAUGUUUGUUACUGAUUCCCCUAAUCAUUAUGCCUGACGUUUUCAGUUGGAAUUUCUUACUAUAUUUGGAGUAUGGAUGCCCAUGUACACUUACAUGUUCAUAAAAACAAGCAUUCCUCUCACUAUGUACACAUGCACUCACAUCACAUCACUCCACACUUACAUUCACACCUAUGUACUCUUUUUUUUAGGUAUUUUUUCUUCUCUAGUUAUCUCAUGAAUGAACAUUACUAUGAUUUUUUUGUAUUAUUUUUUUAAUGUGCUUAAUAUUUAAUAUUUGUACAUGUAUUCAGUAUUGAAUUUAGAUGAGAUUGAUUUAUAAACUUUGUUAUGUGGUUGACUGUAAUGGUUUCAUUAGGACUCCAGACUACAACUGUACAGUCUUGAAUCUUGUUUACAGUUUGAAAUUCCAGCUCACUUUGAUUAUUCCACAGUAUUGCAUUCUAUAUAGAGAGAUGGUGGUAUUUUUUAAUGAUUUCUGGUAUGCAUUCAAACCCUCUGUUGAAUAUAGGUGGCAGGUAUUUUUGGUAAGGAAUUGCCUUGGCACACUUACAGUUACAACUUACUUGCUCAGCAUACAUUGAGAGAAUUGUAAAAGCAAUCCCAAAUGUUCUUUAAUGUUUUGAAGAGAACAACUCAGGUUAAUAGCAGCUUUGAUGAUCAAAAGCGCCAGAUGUGUUUGUAUGUGUGUAUUAAUACUUAUGAAAAGAGAUGUAACAGAGGUAUGAUUUGAGAGACACAUCAUUUUAAAUUCCAAAGCAAUUUGAUUUGAACAUUCAGUAAAGAAAUUAAGUCAUACGAAAAUUACCUGUUUUUUCUUAUAGGGAACAAAUUCUGCAUGUGGAAGGACAAGUAAUUGUAAACACGUUAAGUUUAUACAAUGGUAAAUUACUAUUAUGAGUUUCAGAUGACUAUUUUGCCUCUUCGAAUAUAUAAAAUAAAGUUAAAUAUUAAGAAAUUAUAAACAGUUGGAAUGAAAAUUAAGAUUCCAGCAAAGUCAAGUAAAAGUUAUUGUAGAAGUAAGAUAAAUCCAAAAAUUAUAUAUAAUUAAAUAAGGAGAUAUUUGUUUGUGUCAGACUGAAGCUUCAUAUUUUGUUGUGUAUUUCUGAAUUUGAUAUUAAAAUUAAGGGCAUUCCAGACGUUUCCCUGAAAUGUUGGACAGAAUGGUGCCAGUUCUGAAGGACAAACUGGUUUCCAAGACUACAGACCAUUAAAUAUAUAUUUUUGAAGUAAUGGUGUUCGGGAUGUCUGUUGGUAUUUAAUUAGGCUUUUUUUUGUUUGUCAGUAUUGUGAGGAUUAAAUAUUGUUUCUUAUUACAUUAUUUUUCAUUUACUUUUAAUUGUGAGAUAUUUACAAAAUUCAUCAAGAUACGAAUUUAAUGGUAAUCUGUACCUCUAUUUUUUCAUCAUUGGUGUGAUUUACUCGUCUGCACAUGGAUUAGCUUUUAUGCAUGAAGAAAACUGAUAUUGAUGGUAAUAGCAAUAUCUUUUUCUGUAUUGUGGAUGUGUUUCACUCCAAAUACCUGGCUUGAAACUUAGGACUUAAAAAAACCUUAUUUACUUUAAAUGUCAUUGAAGGAAAUGUUUGUAGCAACUGUGUGUGGUAAAGUGUGUUCAGUAUGAACAUAGUGAAUGUUAUUGUCAGUUUUCCUCAUUGAACUGUCAGCUAUAAUGUUACUGUAAUUCAGACUACAACCAGAUGCACAGUUUCAUUUGUAUUUUCAGACUUCGCUUCUUGUUGCAGAUUACUGUUAAGCAGAAUAUGUAAAUAUUUUUGUAUAUAUGAUUUGGAAAGAAAUACUAGAAUAUUUGUUGAUCUGUUUACAUUUAUAAAUGUAUCAGUAGCUGGAGUUAAUUAGGCAUAUAUUUAUGUAUUUGAAAUCUUAUCCAACAGAGAGAGAGAGAGAGAGAGGUUGCCUUGAAAGAAAAAAGAAUGGCUUUACUUUUAGAGUUGAAUCAUUUUUUUCCUUCCUUUUUUAUUUUGAAAGAAACAUACAUCACAUACCUAAUAAACAUCUUAAAAAUGUAAAGAAAACCUCUUGCAACAUGGAACUUUGAUGGAUGUGAUUAAGAGAUAUAGUAAAUAUUAUUUUCUAGUUACAUGAUGGUUUACCUUGCCAUGGCUUGUAAUAAAGAAUUUCAUUUUG